AUGCGUCACCCUCAUGUGGCCUCCUUUCCUGCAUCCGUCAUCGGUCGCAGGAAUCACGAAGUCCGCGGGGCUUUUCUCACAUGCUGCUCAAUAUGGUCUCUCUCCCCUCCGUUUAUCUUUGCUUGUGUUGCCAUCCUGUGGCUGCCUUCUUCUUCUUAUGCUCAUGCGCAUCUGGGGGUGAUCAGCCUGACAAAUAAGUCGUUUUUGAACCGCAACGGGCCCUUCGGCUUCCGCGCGUUUGCACACAACGACACCUUUAUCUCGGCGGAUGAUACAACUCAUCCCGAUUCAGUCCCUUCAGGCUCUUCAUACGGUCUCACAGUGGCGCACAACAUCAAAUUUUCCGGCGUUCCAGUGACGCAUGACGCCUUCUUCCUCUAUGUACCGUCCAAACACGGGACGCCCCGCACAGCGGCCGUCAACGCCUUUGAGAGCAGCGCAGAGGAGGGCGAAGAUGCCGCGGUUAAAGCUGCUGCUCUGGCCGCAGCCGACCUGUCGUGGGGGUCUUGUAGUGCCUUCUGUGAUGGUGGCAGGCAGCAGUGGAACAGGACACUGGCAAUGAAUGAGGCUAUGGCGGGGAUUCGUACAGUAGCAACAAAGGCAGAUGAAGCGGAGCUAAAAGGUGUUGUCGUUGCUGCUUUAGAGGGAAAAUAUGGCAGGGACGAAUGGAGGCAAUGCCACGCGUUCCCGUGCGGCGCGCUGGCAGACCAGGCGAAACUUGAUAUGGUGGCAGCGAAAACCGGCGCCGCACCUUUGCUAGGUAGGAAUCUCGCGGCAGCCAUGGUCGAUGGCGACUGUGGGGUCUAUGUUGAGUUAGAAUUAGAUGAGGCAUGUAGAGAGAAGCUGCUUCUUCUUGAGAUAACAACCGACACGUGGGAGCUGCUUUUGGGAAUGAACAACCACGCUGGUCUAUUCGGGGCGCCCCCCAUCCGCGGUGCCCCUCAAAAUGAUGGCUUGCGUUCUGGAAGUAAGCGGGAGCCUGCCUCCGCGGGGACACCCCAGGACACGGCAGCAGGGGUGGAUGCUUCUACCGUAACCGCGGAAUCAAGGCCGAGUGUUCGUGCCACGGCAGAAGGGCUAGACAGCGAUGAUGCCGGUGCCACCCUACAGCUCGAUCAGUUAAUGUCUGGCCUCAGCUUUUCUUCGUGCUUGACACUGUGUCAAUUUCGAGACGAUUGCGCGGCUAUCAUUUAUAAAGGCGACCCCGCCGAACUGGCGCGCGUCAAGGACCACAGUGAAGGUGUUGAGACAAUCCGUAACGCUUCACAUGCAGAGAGGACCUCUGAUGUACGGCAACCGCAGAGACACUCUGCUGUUUCUGUCUGCCAACUCAUCAAGAGCAUGUCUCUCCCUCUGUGUUUUAAACCUGUAAUGUCGGAGCCGGUAUUAUCUUCCUCGGCUUCCUUUCUGUCUCACUUGCCCGUUCCGAGUAUUUUGGUUGUGAAGGGUGCGGCUCUUACUCUCUGUAGCCCAGUUCUGGAGGACCAGAUUUCUCGAGUCAAAUCUCAAGUAGAUCAACUGGAGAAGCAAUGGAAAGGAACCAAGGAACAGUCAAUGAACAGAGAGAGAGAGGCCAGAGAGGAAGCGGCCAAUCAAACACCUCUUGCAGCUGCCCGGUUCCGUCUGCUGGCGCUGGAGUCCAUGAGAAAGCUUUUGCAGAUCCGAGUGUCAGACGGGGGGCCCGUAGAGGCAGGCAAGCAAGAAGAGGGCGAAGUCGUUUCACAAGGUGGAGGUCGCGUUGUAGCCAGAGAGGCUCUAUGGGGGACAAAGAGUCUUCUUCCGCUCUCAACCAAUUCUGUAGAUACCGACGUUUGGCGGUCACAAGUUGCUCUUCCACUCAGCCCCGCAUGUCCCGCCUUCCAGUGGGUCCGCUUGUAUGCAGGGGCGGGGUGCGCAAUGCCCCUUCUCGUCCGCGAGGUGUCGCUCGGUGCCGAGAGGAACGGAUCGUGGCAGGCGUCCCAACAGGUCGUCUCCCGUCGUCGUGGGUUGAGGAAGCUGCCUCACGGAGCGUUGGAGCUACAUCGAGGAGCACAAGGGCUUCUGCCGAAGAAUGAGGAGACGACGACGAAACAAGCACGAUUGAAGCCAAUAGAAACGGUGUCGAAUAACUCGCCCUCGCCGUCAGGAGAUCCGAAGAGCCAAUUCGACAGAACCGGAGAAAAGGCCACUACUCUUGCCCUCUUGCAAAUGAAGCGUACAGAGACGAAUGCGGAGCACAGUAUGAUGCCAGCUGCUGACGACACCAAGCAGGCGCGCGCCGCAGGUGUGUCGAGCAGAGAGACACGUAAUGGUGAUGCUGAAAAAGGUGGCCCCGUGAUGCCACGUGCCACAAGAGCAACCGACGCUUCCCCAGAGGGAAAACUUGCUUCGUCAUCUUUCUCUCCUUUGAUCCUCUCUCCUUUAGACAUGGCGCCCAAACACCACGAAGACGGCAUCAGGGGAGCGCUGACUGCCGUCCGUCCCACCAAGUCUAGAACUCGUCAAAAGGAGGUGUUGCCCUUUAGGCAGGCUGACCAUUCUGACGAUAACGGGGCGAGCACCACCAGGUCUUCUGAAGGUGCUCCGGACACCGACAACACAGGAAGUGUAAGAAAAGAGAGUAAACCAUCCGGUGCGCACUCGUCUCCGCCCGGUGUAGAUUUUAUGGGAACACCGCAAUUGAAUGUGACGGAUACAACACCUCCGGCAAGUGAGAGCGACCUCAAAGGUUGGCGUGAAUGCUAUGCGCUUCUGAUGCGGCUAGUCGCGAGACAGCAGAUGCUGAAAGCCGUUCCUGUUCCCGAAGAACAGGGUGUGGCUGGAAAUUACUGGCUUUCUGAGGAGGACAGUGACAUUCAAGACGUUCUUGACAGGGUCAGUGCAUUCUCAGUAUCUACGAAGCCCGAGGAAGUGGCGGAAGCCAAACGGCUAAGAGGAAUUAUACGUGCAUACCGCCAAGGAGAGGCAGCUCUCUUCGCCUCGUACGAUUUGGUCCGAGAAAACUGCUCGGUUUAUGCGGAUGAGAUCAGGGACCGAAUGCAGAGUAAGGAUACCGCAAACGAGCGUCACCGCGGUUUUUCUCAAGUGCUGGCAGACUCUCGCGGCACCGCUUCAAGCGACAGCGCUCGGGCGCUGAGCCAGCGUGCUCUGAGGGCCACGGAGGUAAAGGCGAAAACGAAGCGUAUCAUGGGUGCCCGGAAACGCUCCCGUCACGUUCUUCAAGCGGAAAUCCCAUGCAUUGGUGUGGCGUGUCAAGAAGUUCAUCUUGAGGAAACAGAGACAUGUGAUGCGACAACUCAAUGCCACGCACAGGUGUUGGAGGCAAGGGAUCAGCAAGCGCAGCAAGCAAGAACGGCUAAGGAAAGACUAGACAUUUUCAGUGAGCAGACACCACCGCGCUCGCAAACUACUGAGCAACAGGUGGCGUCGUCUUCCUCCGAGGCAGCCGACCUUUCGGUGGAGGAAAAGGGACGAAAAGCAGCCGAUGGCUUGGGCUUAGCGGAUCCGGAGCAUAAACCCGUAGAUGGAGCGAAUGGAACUUUCAACCAAACAGCUGGAGGUGAGGCAAAUAAUCUUUCCCCACAAUGGGGUGAUGCGUCAACGCCUUCUCUUGACGAUAUUACCAAAAAUGACCUAUAUGACAUAACUGACACUGGUUUACGCCAGGGAGAUGGAGGCCAGGCAGUUAACGUCACGUUUACUGUCCGUCCGAAGAGGCGUUCCCCGAUCAUCAAGUCGUCGUCCCACAAGGACCAGGAAACGAGACUGGACGUGAUUCGUGACGCGGCAACAAAGUCUGCAUUACCGAAAACUCAAGAGGCUGUUCAUCCGUCUCCCAGUCCGCCGACUCUUCUCUCAGCGUCUCAACUUCAGCUGGGAAACGAGAAGCUCAUUCGAGAGCAUUACCUCCCUGAGCUAGGCCCAGUGAGCAACCCAGGAGGCGCAUCUCCGAGGCAGACAUAUGCAUCUGCCGCUCAACCCUCCACUGGUCCCCUAAAUGCGGAUGACGUUGAACUGCCGACAGGAGAAAAUAUAAGUUAUCUCAAUUUUAUUCUGAUGACUAUCACUGGAAGUCUUAGCGCCCUUACUUGCAUUUUCUUCUGCAUCGCAUGCAACAAAAAGGUCCGCCUCAUGCUCGCUGUUGGAGAAGGGGCGCUGCCCAGACAAGAAGAAAUGUUAGAGCAGGUCCACCGCCGGCAGCGUGGUCGGCCGGUACCUGCUGCUUAUCCCCAAUCUGAUGCCUCAGUCAACACAUCCCGUGUUACUUCAUCCGAUGAGAAAUACGUCGUAGAUGCCAACAAUCAGCCGCUCAUGGCCACAGCGUGUUUCAGUGCAGGCGCCUCUGGUAGUACCCCAGCUGGAACACAACUCAGGACGUCGAGUGAUUCCAAAAUCUGUAACGCUCAAGAUGAGCGUUUAGUUGGUGACUGGGGAAAAGAUCUCGGGGUAGAAAACCUCCCCGUGCAGCGCAGACCUAAUUGUGCCCGCGGUCCCUGGGUAAGUGAUAUGCUGUUGAUGCUGUUACUCGGCAUGUUGGCAAUUCCUUGA